CCUAAAGAAAGGGCUGCGCUGCGCAUAGCAAUGACGCAGCCACCGAGAGAGAAUGCCACAGCCCACCAAAGAAAGGUGUGGCGCGCGGACACGUGAGGAUACAGUGGCUGGGUAUGUGGCUGUGCAAGGCUCGCUUGACCUCUCCAGGAAGUGACAUCCGAAAACAAUCACGAAACAAGGCAACGACGAUAGUGAAGGACAACCCUUCCAAAAUCGCAACAGCGUGGAUCAUCAUUCAAAUCCACAGAAGAUUAGCAUAACGUCUAUCAGUAGUGGCUCACCUGGCUGCCUUCAGCGCAAGCCCUCGAACAGGACACCUUACAUGCCGUCAUAUUGGAUCGCUUUCCCGCCCUGCUGAGGGCUGUCCGUAAGGGCAUGGCUGAUGCUAGCAAGACUUCCGCAUCUUUACUCGGUUCAAUCGCAUCCUGGAGCAGAAGCGCCACACCCGCUCCUCCAUCACCCUCCCAGAAACCAACAGAGGAGAUCCCAGGCUUGAAACCUUCUACAGGUCUGGAUCAUACUAUCACCCAUCGGCCUUCACCCAGUCUCCGGAAAUAUCCAAGAGACUGUCCACCCCUCAAGACAAGAUGGUUCUACGCUGUCGACGUCGCUAAACGGAAACCAUUUGCUCCGGAGGCGGCACCCGAUGAUAAGGCAAAACCACCACCAGUCCCAAAGAAAUUGGUCCCCUUCUCAACCUCAGAUUCCCAAGCCAUUGAGAAGGCUUUUCAGUCGCUCGAUAAGGACGACAGACAUCACAUUGAAAGUUCCGAACCCACCAACACUAAAGUGCCGGUCAAUGAAGACUAUCUCUUCGAUGUGCACAUUGAGAAGCGUGAACUGCAACCUGCAUACUGGUUAGGUCCAGUCUACGAAAUUCGUAGAGGCAGCUGGUUCUACACCGAUGGCAUGCCUUGCGAUGAAAAUCUGUCCAAUCAGUUAGAGGAAGGCUACUUGAAGCUCACUCCCUGGCGAAGAUUAGGCUUGACAACUCCUCGGACAACUCCUCGUUCAAGUUCGCAACCACGGAGUCGGCCACCCUCACAGGUUAUAGACGGCGCUCCCCAGUCAUCCGGCAAGGACUUUGCUUCACAAGAUGACAAUCAGCCACCGUUUUCGAACACCUAUCGAUUGUUUGGGGCUCACAUGAACACCACUGUGACUUAUCAGGAUGGCACCGCUGUUGCCUAUUUGACCAUGGAUGAUUUUCUGUCACGUAUGAGCACCACAGUCUAUGGGAAAUUUGUUGGCUAUGGAGGGACCAAGGUCGUUCGAGGUUGGACAGAGACCAAGAUUGCAGAUCCAAAACCUGUCGAGGUGAAGUCUGAUGGCAAAGCUGCGGAGGCUGCGAGUACAAAAGAAAAACGAAGAUCAGCAAAAGUAUCACCAGAAAGACUGGGGGAAGCCGGUGGUCAGGACAAAACCGAACAGCAACCUGCUAAACCUCGGCGGACCAUGUUGGAACGCCAAAUCUCAUCAUUGGCAGGUAUGCCAGAGGCUGAAAACGCGGAAGAUCUGGCAGAAGAAACAGCUCGGGAAGAGGCAAAGGAAAUGGAGGAUGCCAGAGAAAAGGACGGAGAAGAUCAAGCGAGACAAAUCGACCACUUGGUAUUGGUGACCCAUGGAAUCGGCCAACGCCUUGGGCUUCGCUUAGACAGCAUCAACUUUGUUCAUGAUGUCAACACUCUUCGAAAGACCAUGAAAGCAGUGUACGCGACGGCUCCGGAUCUACAAGCCUUGAGCGGCGACGCAAAGAAUUGCAGGGUCCAGGUUCUUCCGGUCUGCUGGCGGCAUCUUUUGGACUUCCCCAAGCAAAGUCUCAAACAGAAUCGCAAGGAAUACGACCUAGGAGAUGCCGAUGAUGGAUUUGACGAAGAAUACCCAUCUUUGCAAGACAUCACUGUUGAAGGGGUUCCGGCAGUCCGCAACCUGAUCACGGAUCUUGCAAUGGACGUCCUUCUCUACCAAAGCGCAUACAGAGAACACAUUGCCACCAUCGUGCAGAAAGAGUGCAAUCGGGUUCAUCAACUCUUCAAAGAACGAACAGGCUUUUCUGGAAAAGUUACCUUCUGUGGUCACUCGCUAGGCAGUGCCAUUCUGUUCGACAUUCUUUGCCGUCAAGAAGAAUCGACCGCUAGGACAAGACCUCGACGAGUGUCUAGCCGAACAUCAAGAGAUAAUAAAGUUGUUGAACAGAAAGAUCUUCGCUUGGAUUUCGACGUGGAACAUUUCUUCUGCCUCGGCUCUCCGAUUGCGAUGUUUCAGAUGUUGAAAGGCAGGACUAUUGCAGGUCGACAGGCCCUGGGUGCUGGAACAUUCGGAUCGGCCGCUGUUCCGAUGUCGCCGUUCGAUUCAGACCAUAUGAAGAACGACCCGUUUGAAUCUCUGAUGCCUCCAGGAGCCGCCAACACUGGGGGCCUCAUUCCCAUUACCACUUCUUCGCCCAAGUGCAACGAAUUGUACAAUGUCUUUCAUCCCACAGAUCCCAUUGCUUAUCGAAUGGAACCACUCAUAUCUCCGGCUAUGGCACAACUCAGAUCUCAAGCUCUUCCGUACACCAAGAAAGGCCUUUUCGCUGCCCCAGGGAUUUCGAAUAUUUCUGCGCGUUUCGGUCAACAGGUCAUGUCGAGCUGGUACAACCUGACCUCUGGGGUGGCAUCCAGCCUGAUCAACAGGAGUCUGGGCAUCACUGGUGAAGAGCAAGCGUUAGUCCAAGACAAAGGUAAAUCGUUGGUCGGUGCUCCUGGUAAUCCCGCUGGUCCAAAUGUUCCUCUCGCCAUGCCUGUUGCCGACGGCAAGCGACAGCAGGACUUAGCCGACGCAGCCAAAUCAUCAAGCGAACAACCGCCUACGCUCAUCGACUCCGAGAUAGAGACAUUGUUUGCAGGCUUCCAGAAACGUCGCCGAUCACAGUCCAGAGGCUCAACCGAAGACCCUGCCGAGCGGACAUCCGCCGAGUUUCAAACGUCGCAAGAACGUGAACGCAAACUCAAGCGCGAAGAGGCCAAGGUUCGAGCGCUGAACAGCAAUGGUCGUGUCGAUUACCAUAUCCAGGAGGGCAUGUUUGAUGUAUCACUCCUCGCCAGUAUCGCCAGUCACCUGAGUUACUGGGCGGACGAGGAUGUCAAUCACUUCAUGGUGGGCCAAAUGUUGAAGAGUAGAGGUCGGAGCAGACAGGUGGACAGCUAGAAGCCGUGGUCGUAAUGGAUUGGAUUGAACGUCCACGUUGGCUGAUGGAGUCCAGCAUUCUGCCACAGCUCAGCACAAUUGUCGUUCCUUUUUUUAAUGCUGAAAUGAGAUAUCCCUUUAGAACAGUCA